AUGGCGGUAACUGUACGGCAGGACCGCGGCGCUCUGUCUGAUAAAAUACCGCAAAAUAAAACAGGCCCCGCCCGCGGAGCCGAGCAGGCCGAGAGGGGUGGGGGUGGCGGUAAAAACAGGACGAGGCGGGGCGCGUCGCCGCAACAGGCAGCGACGGGCCCGACGUGGGAGGCCGCUUGUCCACUAACGGGCGACGCGACCGCCGCCAGCACCGCUACUGCCCCCGCAGGAUGGGGAAUUUUGGGGCCCGCGGCGCGAGAUCGCACCGCGCGACCGGACCGCCGCGAUAUUCGCGGGUCCGAGAGGCGGCCGGCGCCCGGCGGCCGGCGGCCGGCGGCGGCAGCUUUACUGCGCCCCAGCCAGUCGUGGGGCGGCGGCCAUGGGCCUCCCAGGGGCCGUUACUCGCGGCCAACACUUUUACUGCCGCCGCCGCAGCCGCCGGAAACUGCGGUCGCCAGCUGCCCGGCCGGGCAGGGCCGCCGCUUGCGGCUACUGGCUGCACGGCGACCCCAAGCUCCGCCAGCACUCCUUGCGUCGACAGAUAGAUACCGUCCGAGAUUUCCCAACAUCGACCUCUAG